CAAAUUUUUAUGAUGAAAUAAUCUAUUUGCAAAGCUUGUGCUUAUACUUACAUACAUUUCUCUUUCUAAGGAUUUUUGACUUAGCAGAUUUAAGAUCAUGUCUUCUGCAGAUUGGGAAGAAGUAAAAAGGCUAGCUGCUGAUUUUCAGCGAGCCCAACUUGCAAAGUCCGCCGAGAGAUUAUCUGAGCGGAACUGUGUUGAACUGAUCAAUAAACUUCAAGAAUUGCACCUUCUGAAGCUGCACUACACAUGCGAUGGCAAAUCAUACAUCACUCCACAGCAGCUUCAGAAAGAAAUUCUUGAUGAGGUUUUCUUGGCUGGAGGACGCAUGACUUUGGUGGAUCUGAGCCGAUUGCUCGGAGUUGACCUGAACAUCGUGAGUGAAGAAGCUGCUGCUCUGGUGCAAUCACAUGGAAAUCUCCAGCUCAUCUUUGGUCAAAUUAUCUCCAAAGAUUUUAAAAACGCUCUUGUUGAAGAUGUCAAUGAGAGACUCAUCAAGAAUGGUUCUGUAUCAGUGGAUGAGUUGACUGCCGAGUAUGAGCUGCCAGUUGAAUACCUCAGAACGUUGCUGGAGAGUCGCGUGGGCCACGGUCUCAUGGCCGUCCAAGACUCCAACACUCCAGGCUUCUUCUACACGGCCCAGUACCUGGAACGCGUGCGCUCCAGCAUCAGAGGACUCAUGACUGCAGUGACUGUGCCCACCAGCGUGCAGCGCCUCAUGCAGCUCUACCCCUGCAAUGCUAAGCUAUUCAUGGGAAGCGUUGAGCGAUUGGUAUCGUCAGGCCGUGUGAGUGGAGAACUGAUCGGAGGCAAGCAGAACCGCCAUUACUCCUUCGUGCCGUCACUGCACUCGCGCACACAGAGCGCACUCAUUGAUGCCUUCUGGAACCAAAAUGGCUACUUGGAGUUUGAGUUUGUAAAGCGCCUUGGCAUAGAGGACGCUGCAGGUUUCUUGUCUCGUCGCUAUGGGGGCCACAACGAGCUGAUGUUGGAGGGCGUGUGUGUCGGGGAGCCCUUGCUGCAGCGCCUCACUACCGCGCUAGAGGAGGCCUUGGCCACACAUACCUUCUUCGACGCCGCGAUGGUGCUACCCUCGUGCUUCAGCAGUGAGCACAUCAGCAGCCUGCUGGAGUUUGCUCUGCAGCAGUGCGGCUCUCAGGUCGCAGGCAACAACUCCGUGCCUAAGGGCAAGCGCUCUAUGCUCAUGUCAGGAAGCAAGAGUGAACGGCCGCUGGUGCUUGGGUCGUGCGUACUCAGCGGUGUGCUCGUGGCAGGCCUCAAAGAAGCCCUCACCACCGACAUGGCUGAGAGGGCGCGCAAGCUUGUUGCUGCGGGAGGCUUCAAGCCUAAGCCAUUGGGUGGAAAAAUGAAGCUGGACGACGGCGAGCCUGCGAGCAGUAAGAAGGAAGAGCGCCGCAAGAAGGCUGCAGGAGGCAAGACGGGGGGCGGCACGCAGGGCCGCGAGACCAAGACGCGCUCCACUAAAGGGCACAAGGGACGACGCGGUGCACAAGACGACGAUGGGCUCGAUGAUGACGCCACCGAGUCCACAUCUUCUGCUGCUGGCCCCAUGAAGUUUCCUGACGUCGAGUUCCUGCCUUUCGAUGAGCUCAAGUCGAAGCUGUCUGACAUGCCUGAGUUGACUGACGCUGACGAGGAGCUGUUGGAAGCUCUUACUACGGAGCUGCACCAAUGGAGCAGGAAGGUGUACAAGGACGUGUGCGUGCAGUUGUACGAGAGCCUCGGGUCAGGAGCUGCAGGAGGCGGCGGCAGGAAGACGUUCCAGCAGUUGCAGGAGCGCGUGCUUGCUCUGCUCACCACCUGCAGACUGGCAGAGAUGGCCAUCAAGGAGUUUCAAGGCGACACAGCGUUGCAGUUAAGUCGUCAUUUGCUGCGAACCUACGGCGCCGAACUGUUGGCUGAACUACUGCUGAACACUGCUGAGCUGCCUCAGCAAGACCCCGUGCUGCCUAAAGACCUCACUGCUGAGGCACGCGUAAAGCUAAUCAGUGGACUGCGUCCUGUGGCCGAGGGAGGUUGUCGUGAGACGAUGCUGGCGGCGCACAAGACCCUUGCUGGAUCUGACCUCGCAGCGUAUUUCUCGGCGGUUGAAAUCGCCAUUCAGGAUUCCGGUAUCAUGAUUCCCAAGAAGAAAGAUACGAAAAAAGAUCGGCAGCUGCUGUCCUCCCACCGAGCUGGCCUUGUAGAGCAGUUGUCGACGUGCUGCGAUCCCGCCCUCUGCCUACACCUGGCGUCGCUGCUGCUCUUCCACUCCUCCACGGGGAAACUCUUGCAUGCAUCCGGCAAAUUUGUUCCCUCAGUGCUGGCCUUCCUGCGUCCCCACCUUGGAGACGAGCUCAAUGACCUCGUGCAUCGGUAUCAGGAGUUGGUUAUGAAGAAACUCACUUCAGGCAUUGAAGGAGAUGAUGACCUGAACGCUGUCAACCAGCAGUUAGAGGAGCUUACGCCAUGUCUUAAGGACAAAACCAUAACCUUCAGGAAAUACUCCUCUGAAGCAUCAUAAUCCGUUAUUCUGUAGGAAAUCCUUCAUAAAUCUUCCGAGGUGGAAAUUAGUAUCAUCAUUUCAUCAGUGGGUUUGAAAGAUUGGGUUUUAAAUUCUUCUGUAAGAGAUUUAACUCGAGUAAUUUGAUAUUGUUGCAGCUUCAAAAUUAUCUUUGUAGACUUGAUUUAAAUUAAAUGGAUCAAGUUAUAGGAAAUUAGGAGCACCUGGUUAAAUAUUGAGGCUCAUCAAGGCACGCAUGAUAGAGCUUCAAAAACAAAAUGUUCGAAAAUUGUUUUAAGUCCGAAGAAAGUCUCACUUCUCACUGUUGUGAUCAGUUUGUUGUGUAUAGCACAAGUUCGUCUUGGUGGUUACGGUUGUAGCUCUAUGGUAUAUGGUGUGUUUCAUAUCACAAUUAUGUGCCAAGGCUUUUACUUUCUUUAAUCUUCAAUGUUUUUGUUGUCAUAAGGGUCCGGAAUUUAAAAGUAAAGAAAAUAGCCAAAAAGUUCACCAUUUCUUAUGAGA